AGUCAUGUCCUCUGCCUGGAGUAUAGAAGAAUCGAACCUGCUGAUCCGCAAGCGAAUGGAACUGUUCGGUUGCUCUCGGCAGGAUAAGGUUUACGAUCAGAUUUCCAGCUACCUGGCCCGGAAGCAUAACAUUGCGAAAAAUGCCGCUGCUUGUCAGACUAGGUUUAACAAUCUACUAAAAACGUACCGCACUUGUGUCAAGCGGAUGGAAAGUGGCGGGAAUCCGAAGAUGCGAUUUCCGUUUUUCGAUUUGUUUCACCAGCAUUACAGUCAGCUGGUGAAGGCCAGCGAUGAUGCGGCCAGCAGUAAGUGUAAAUCGGAAAUUUUCGACAUGGACACCUUCGAAGACAGUUCGUUUGCCGAUGUUAGUGGAGAGGAAGCGGGUUUGCUGAUGGAUUCAAUGCAACAGCCAACGACGGACGAUUGCGAAUCACCUGAAAUUCAGCACCCGCACCAGCAACAGCAGCAGCAGCGGCAAGCGCUGGCUGAGGACGAACUGACCACAUCGCUGACGGCUACCAACGGGCUCGAAGAUCUGAAACAGCGACUGAUGGAGCAGAAGCUGCUGUACUACACAAACCAAAAUAUGCUGCUGCACCUCAAGCAGGAACACUACCGGCACAAGGACAACGAACGGGCCCGGGCCCACCUGCUGUUCGAGGAAAUUCUGCGCGUGCUAAAGGGCGUUCACUCGUGUUUGAGAAAAAACUUCGAAGAUAAAGUUUCGGAAAAGAUCGAGGAAAAAAUUUCACACGUCGUCGAACCGGAACCCCUGAAGGAGGUUAAAAUCCAACGCGAAGAGGAGCCCUUCCCGGUGGAAGAGGAAGAAGUCGAAGAGGAGGAGGAAACGGAAGCGGGCGGUACCUUUCUCGCGCCGGUUUACGGCGAGACGGACGAAGAGGAAAUCGAGGAGGAGGAAGAGUACAGCCCGUGUGGUCCGUCCGGGGUCGGUGGUGAAAGCAGCAGCCAGGAGCAGCAGCAGAUGAACAAAUCGUUCGAAGUCGGCCGACUGAAGGUGAGGAAGAAUAUUUUCCCGCCCUGGAAUCGCAUUCAGACGGUGCUGCUGAUUAAGAUUCACUGCGAUCUGAGGCCCAAAUUUCGGGGCUACAAUCUGUUCGAGUGUGUGUCCAAUAAGCUGAUCGAGCUGCAUAUAAAUCGAACUCCACGGGACUGUCGAACCAGGUGGAACAACCUGUUUCGAACGUACAAGGAGUGCCGAAUGAGACUGAAGCAAAACGAUAAGGCAUGUGUAAAGUUUGAGUAUUUUGACGAUAUCGACUCCUAUUUUAAGGAUAAAGAUUUUUCAGCAUUAUGUUAGGCGUUUAUUGAAAGUUUAUUUCUGUGCAUUUUGU